UUUUAGGUUAAUAUUAGUUUAAUGGUUGGAUUGUGGUCCGGCUACGGUGCGAUCGCACCUAAGAAUUUAUUAUGAUAGAAUGGUUUCAUGUUAUUAGAGGGUUUAGCUGAUGCCUCUUAGUCAGAAACUGGAUGAACCUCUUGUUACGAUUGAGGUAGAUUGCAGACUCCAGCACAAUGCAGCAGGCUGUAGAUCCUCUCGCAACUACAAGUACUCCAAUGGCAGAGCCUGUCAAUGGAGCACCACCAGAGGACACGCCGCGGCGACAGGGCCGGAUAACGAAUCAAUUGCAGUUCCUCCAGAAAAAUGUGAUCAAGGCAGUUUGGAAACAUAAGUUUGCAUGGCCAUUUCAUCAGCCUGUAGAUGCAAAGAAGCUAAACCUCCCAGAUUACCAUAAAAUUAUAAAAAAGCCUAUGGAUUUGGGUACAAUUAAAAAGCGUUUAGAGUCCAACUACUAUUACUCGGCGCAAGAAUGUAUCCAAGAUUUCAACACAAUGUUCACCAACUGCUAUGUUUACAACAAGCCUGGAGAGGAUGUGGUUGUUAUGGCACAAACAUUAGAAAAAUUAUUUUUGAACCGGAUAGCGCAAAUGGACAAAGAGGAAAAGGAAAUCGAGGUACCAUCAAACAGUGCGAAGGCAGCCGUGAAGAAGCGUACGAGUGGGUCCGUGGGGUCAGUGGGCAGCGUGGGAGGCGUGGGCGGAGUGGGCGGUGUGUCGGCGGGAGGCGGGGUGGCGCGCUCCACCGUCAAGGCGGUGCCCAGCACGCCGCUCCCCGCCUUCGUGGGCUCCACCAACACCACCACCACGCCCGCGCUCACCGCCUCUACCCCCACACCCCCCGCCACACACACCGGACUACCGCAGCAGGUGGCAACUCAACCAUCUAGUUUUCACGUUACGCAAACUCCGACCACACCUGUCUCAACUAUGCCGGCGGUCACUUUGUCCCAGACGCAACCUGCUAAGGUAAAGAAAGGUGUGAAAAGAAAAGCUGAUACGACAACACCUAUGGGUAGUUCAUUUGAAGGAGGUUACACUACCCCGACCAUUGAUCAACAAGUUGGACCUAAACCUGCGAAAAUUUCUACAAGGAGAGAAAGUGGACGCCAGAAAAAGGCUGGAAGAGUAGGAGAGGAUAAUUUCAAAAUGGGUGGAUUAUCACCAGGCAUGGGUUCAGCGGGGGCAUCCCAUCAUUCUAGUAUGACCCCACAGAUGGUAAAGGGUAAAGAGAAACUCUCCGACGCUCUCAAGAGUUGUAAUGAAAUUUUAAAGGAAUUGUUUUCCAAGAAACAUUCAGGAUAUGCGUGGCCAUUUUACAAACCUGUAGAUGCGGAAUUGCUCGGUCUUCAUGAUUAUUUUGAUAUUAUUAAGAAACCAAUGGAUCUUGGAACUGUCAAGCAAAAGAUGGAUAACCGAGCAUAUAAAACGGCCGCAGAGUUCGCCGCCGACGUUCGCUUAGUGUUUACAAAUUGCUACAAAUACAAUCCGCCGGAUCACGAUGUCGUUGCUAUGGCGAGGAAACUGCAAGAUGUUUUUGAGAUGAGGUACGCUAAGAUUCCUGAUGAACCAGUCCAUGUAGGAGUUACUCACACGACGGAGAAAGGCAGUUCCGCCUCCAGUUCUGAGUCCGGAUCAGAAUCUGACUCCGAGUCUGAUGAUUCAGAGGAAGAAAGAAACAAUAAAGUUAAGAUACUCGAAAAAGAAUUACUUGCCCUUCAAGAGAAAAUGAGGAAACUUGUUGAAGAAUCCAAUAACAAGAAGAAGGCAAAGAAGAAAGUUAAAGACAAGCAAAAGAAACAGACAACUAGUACUACGAGUAGCAGUACUAUACCUAAAGCGAACACGGUCACCGCGUAUGGAACAAAAACGAAUAAUAUUAGUGAAAGUCUGGCGACGAGCGCGGUGCGCGGCAAGCCGGGCAGCAAGCGCGGCACGGGCGGGGCGGGCGGCGCGGGCGCAGGCGGAGGUGCGACUGCCGCGAGCAAGGCGGGCUCGCGCGGCGCCGCACCCGCCAAGAAGAAGAGCUCCACGCCCACAGCCGCGCCCGCACCGCAUCCGCCGCCGCAUCCCGACACCGACGACGAGGACGUCGCCAAGCCCAUGUCCUACGACGAGAAGCGCCAGCUCUCCCUCGACAUCAACAAGCUGCCAGGUGACAAGCUCGGUAAAGUGGUGCAUAUCAUUCAAAGUCGAGAACCUUCUCUGCGAGAUUCAAAUCCCGAUGAGAUUGAGAUUGACUUUGAAACUUUGAAGCCGUCGACUCUAAGGGAACUCGAGAGUUAUGUCGCGUCGUGUCUUCGCAAAAAGACUCAUCGGAAAGUUUCGGGUAAAUCAAAGGACGAACAAAUGGCGGAGAAAAAACAGGAACUAGAAAAGCGGUUACAAGAUGUGUCAGGUCAAUUAGGAUCUAAUAAGAAGCAGCAACCGAAAAAGGAUGGCAAGGAGGGUCUGGGCGGCGGCAUGUCGUCAUCAUCCAGCUCCUCUGACUCGUCCAACUCCUCGUCCAGCACCGACACCAGCUCCUCCGACAGCAGUGACAGUGAAGCAGGUCAAGUAUUUGAAAGUAAUGCUUGUAAUAAUAAAGAAAAAAAGUCUCUCCAAAGAGACCAAGAACGUAUUUUACAGCUUAGGAACGAUAUCGGACCGAGCCCAGGAAAGCCAUCCAAAAAAAAGAUGAAGAAGCAGGUCCAGCAACUGCCAUCGCAUACGAAGUCGGCCCCUCCUGUGGUCGUACCCGUGACGGUGGCGCCGGUCGUGGUUGAGGAACCUCCGCAACCGCCGCCCGCCGACGACAAGAGCGAGGUGCCUCAACACGCCCCCUCGCCCUCCCCUUCGCCACCGCGCGCCCACGCCGCUCAGCCCUCGCCCGCCGCGCCCGUACAGCCCGCCCAGCCCGCGCCCGCCCCCGCACGGUUGCCCACCCCGCCGGACUCCUCCGACCCGCUCCUGCCGCCUGCACCGGUGCUCGACGCGCACGAACACAAACAAAUUAUAAAAACGGAACCCCGUAACGGCCUUGAUAAAAUUGAUACCUCGCAGUACAUCGACCCCCUUGAGAGGUCGCUCGCCAGCCUCGAGCGCAGUCUGAAAGCGGAGGUGCCCAUGGACGUGACCGUGAGCGUGGCCGAGCCCGCGAUGCGCAUGGACGACUUCCCGAUGCCCAAGACGUCGCUGCUGCCCGACGCCGCGCAUCACAGCCUGAUGGCGCAGCUCGGCGGCCUGGCCGACAUCACGCACGUCGACCACAUCAAGACGGAGAUGUACGCCCAACCGCACAACGGAUACGUCGAUAAGAACCCGCAGCUCGAGCGCGAGAUGCUGCGCCCCGACGUCGUCGCCACCAUGGCGAGUGCGCCGAGCAUGGCCGCCGUCACCAGUAUGGCCAACAUGGCGAACAUGGCGAUCGCUCCGCCCGUAUCCUCAAUAUUCGACCCGGCGUUCGCCGCCGCGCACGCGCCGCACGCCCCGCACGCGCCCCCCGCGCAGCCGCACCCCGCCGUCACCGCCGCGCCCGCCCUCAUCGCUCCCAACGUAAAGAAGGAGGAACCCAAGCCACUACUUACGCCCAAACCUAUAGAGGACCUCAUGGGCGUUCCCAACAUGGGGACGAACAACGUGUCCGAGAGAACGAAAUAUGAAAUGGAGAAAAAGAUGGAGGAGUCGAAAAACUUUGCUCAACCUUUCAAAAUAAAGCAGGAGCAGAAUCUAAAAAACGCGAGUUCAUGGUCGUCCUUAGCGCAGGCCGGUAGUCCGCAGAACAUCCCCAACAUAGGAACUAAUAAUCAAGUAAAACAAAAACCGGUUAUGGAUAGUUGUUUCCAAGCGUUCAAGAAACAAGCUCGAGAAAAAAUUGAUCGACAAAGAGCGCUUUUAGAACAGCAAGAAUUAAGGAAAAAGGAGCAGGCGGAAAGAGAGAGACAGCGGCAGGAGACGGAGAGGCGACAUCCCGAAGAUGAAAAAUUAAGAGUGGUACAGAACGUGCGCAAGGCUGAGAGCGCGGAGGUGUCAUCGCCGAGCGUGUCGCCGGUGGCGCGCGCGUCCCCGCCCGCAGCGGCGGCGGCGGCGGCGGCGGCAGCGGCAGCGGCGCAGGUCGCGCCCGACAAGCCCGCCAGCGAGCGCGAGCGGCUCCGCCAGCGCGAGCAGGAGCGGCGUCGGCGCGAGGCGAUGGCGGGCCAGAUAGACAUGAACAUGCAGAGUGACCUUAUGGCUGCCUUUGAAGAGUCGCUGUAAAGUGCUUUGCGAGAAUUUAAUGAAAUUGUAAAUAUGGUAUAAAAAUAAAUGUCAAUGCAAUCUACGGUAUGUGUCGGUGUGGGCUAGUGACUGCAGCUAGUAGUACUGACCGUGACCGCCGACUAGUGACGCCCGAGUGUUUGUGAUCGUUCCGUGAGUGAAGUUAUAGACUUAUUUUAUGUGGUUAAGUGCUGUGAAUAGAUAUACUUAUAUUUUAAAUAAAACUGUUGUAACAUCCGACCGGAGAUGGCGCGGGCCUCCGCAGAGGGUUGCAUUUUAAAUGAUGUAUAAUAUAUAAGUUUGUAUGCAAGUUCUUAAUGUAAACUCUCUUUACAUUCGUAAGCCUAUAUUUAUAUUUUAUUAUAGAAGUGUCUUCUACCUUCCAUAUUUGUUUUAUAGUAUGUAUUGAACAUAGAAUUGUAGAAUUUUAAAUUGAUAAAUCAAAAAUGUUUUAUUUUUAAUGUACUGAUAGAUAAUCAAUUGAAGCAAUCAAAUGUGUUAUGUAGCGAGCUCGCAUUGCACUCUGCAAGGCGAAGCGGCGGCGGCGGCGGCGGCGGCAGCGGUGGCGGGAGGCGGUUCGCUUUGCACGAUGAGAUUUUAUGUAACAAUGUCUCUAUCUCCCUACUAUCAGCGUUGCAUCGCGUCUCUAAUUUUAUUAUUAUUUUCAAAGUUUUAUACAAAUGACUAAUGUAUUUUAAAAUAAAACUAAGCACUGUAUGUCUCGUAGUAAAAGAUACUAAUGUUUUAGUAUUGUUACUAAUAAUUUUGUAACUAAUAAGAAGAGAAAUGAACUAUAUAUUGGUCGAUUUAGAUUCUUUACUUUUACUUAUUGACUGUGUAUGUAAUUGUUACAUAUUAUUCGAAUGUUGUUAGCAAAUGAGUAAAUAAAUGAUGAGUUUUGUUGUUCCUGUCCAUCAAUAUUUUAUUGACUGUCGCAAGGCGUCCAUUUUGCAUUGUGUUUACAUAAAAUCUCAUGGCUCAAACUACGAUAGUUUGCGCGGCCGCGUGGCAUAGCGUGCAGUCUAAGUGGCAGGUUGUCCGACGUCACAAUGCAGGGCCCUGGGGCGAGGUGUGCGUUAUGUAUUUAAUAGUAAAAUAAAUUUCUGUUACGUGUUCGAUUUUCGAUAAAUAUUUCUUAAUGUUAGUAGAUUUUUUAUCAGUCUGUCACCGUAAAACAGAUCAAAUGUCAUACAUUUGAUUUGGAAAUAUAUUUAUUUUACAUUGGAAUAUGUCUUUUUUAUGUUUGUAGAUAGUUAACUCCAGUGGAAAUCUUGUAAAGUAUUAAAAGUUGAGGUGGUCAAUAAGCGCCGUACAUCCGGGGUAUGGUAAACACACCGACGUCAUCCACAAGAGAGCAUUGUAUAUUAAGAAAAUUUUAAUUGCAGUCAUUUACUAAAUCUUUAAAUCAAAUGUAGAUAUUGAAGUAAAAUAUAUUGACAUUCCAUAUAGUAAACUGUUGUUUAAAUUCAUGUAUAUGUAAAUACACCGACCGGCCGCACUGGGCCGAGGAUGUUUACGUAACUCCGUCGAAAUAACACAAUUGAAUCAAUUUUUAAGUUAUUUUAUUAGUUAUACCAAAAAUCAUGUUAUUUUUUGUGGGUAUUAGAU